AUUUGACAAAAAAAAUUGGGAUAGAAACCGGUUUCCUGUUAAUUUUGUUCCCAUUCAAGGACCCGAACCAACCAACAAUCUCCAAAUGUGGGCCACCCAAACCCCAUUAUCUCUGAUAAAACCUCUCUUCCUCAGUCGCUACUCUCUCCUAACUCCUCGCUCGAUUUCACGCACUACACUUCGAAAUCUUCUCUCCUUCGGAUACUCUCGCCGGAGUUCCAUCGCAACUGUGACCGCCAUGGACGGAGGAGCCAAGACGAAAUCCGCCAAUUCCUCGCCUGAUCACAACGCCGGAAACUGGUACUCCGUGCCGGAGCUCCGUCUUCGAGACCAUCACUUCACUGUCCCUCUCGACUACUCUCUCGAUCACCGUACUUGCCCUAAGAUCUCCGUUUUCGCUCGCGAGGUCGCCGCAGUUGGUAAGGAAGAACAAACCAUGCCAUAUCUAUUAUUCUUGCAAGGUGGACCAGGUUUUGAGUGCCCUAGACCAACUGAAGCUAGUGGAUGGAUAGGUAAAGCAUGCGAAGAAUACCAUGUUGUAUUGAUGGAUCAGAGAGGAACAGGCUUAUCAACUCCUUUAACACCAUCAUCUAUGUUGCAAUUGAAGUCUGCAGAAGAUUUGGCUGACUACUUAAAACAUUUCCGAGCCGACAACAUAGUGAAUGAUGCUGAAUUUAUUCGAAAACGUCUUGUUCCUGAUGCUGGAACUUGGACAGUUUUGGGGCAGAGCUUUGGUGGUUUUUGUGCCGUUACUUAUUUGAGUUUUGCACCACAAGGACUGAAACAAGUCCUUCUAACUGGUGGAAUCCCUCCGGUUGGAAGUGGAUGCAGUGCAGAUGGUGUGUACAGAGCUUGCUUUGAACGGAUUAUUCAUCAGAAUGACAAGUAUUAUAAGAGGUUUCGUCAGGAUAUUGAAAUUGUUCGUGAAGUUGUAAACCACUUGGCUGAGCAUGAAGGAGGCGGGGUGCCUCUUCCAUCUGGUGGCAUCUUAACCCCAAGGGGACUGCAAAUUCUUGGUCUUUCUGGUUUAGGAUCUAUUUCUGGUUUUGAGCGCUUGCAUUACAUGUUUGAGAGGGUCUGGGAUCCUGUAAUAGCUCCAGGAGCAAAAAAGCAAAUUAGUUACUACUUCUUGAAUGCUUUUGAGAAGUGGUCAGGUUUUGAUACAAAUCCACUCUAUGCUAUUCUACAUGAGUCCAUAUACUGUCAGGGUACUUCAUCACGAUGGUCUGCUAAAAGAAUAAGGGAUGAAGAUGGGGGUAAAUUUGACGCAAUUAAAGCUGCAAAAGAAGGUCGCCCUAUAUUGUUCACAGGCGAGGUCGGGAAAGUAACAAUGUGCAUGAUAAUUAUGAUAUUUCCUUGGAUGUUUGAAGAAAUCUAUGCAUUGAGGCAUUUCAAAGAUGCUGCUCGUUUACUAGCAGAAAAGGAGGAUUGGCCUCCACUUUAUGACAUUGCUUCACUAAAUAAUAAUAAGGUACCUGUUGCAGCUGCUGUUUAUUAUGAAGAUAUGUAUGUUAACUUCAAGCUGGUCAUGGAGACGGCUGAUCAAAUCGCAGGGAUUAGGCUGUGGAUUACUAACGAAUACAUGCAUUCCGGUCUGCGUGAUGGCGGUGGUCAAGUUUUCGAUCAUUUGAUGGGAAUGUUAAAUGGAAAGAAGCCUUUAUUUUGAUGUUGGUUUAAGUUUUCAUCCACUUCAUUUUUUCUCUCCACCAUCUAUUCUCCAACAAUAAUACCACCUUGAUAUUUACAUUCUUUGCAUAGAAAUGUUCAUUUUAUUGUUUUGAGCUCUUGACAUGUUACAGUUCAAUGAGGCUCUUUGUUUACCUGAUUAGGAUGAAUCAUUGUGUUGUGCAUUAUAAUGCAGCAAAUGAGGUUAUUUUCAA